AAAGCAAAAAAAAAAAAAAUAAAAAUAAAAAUAGAAAUGGGUAAGUAGAAAUCCAAAUUUAGAAUUUAAAAAAUAUAUGUUGCACUCAGCAGGAAAGACGAAAGUAGUGUGGAGAAAAAACUACGUUGAAACGGACAUCGUGAGCUAUCAAAAGAGCCCCUGAAUGUUUCAGAAUCCUUACAGAAGUAGGCUAUAUUGGACAUACUUUUAUCGCUGUACCUGUAAUACUUUCUGGACUGAUAACUGACUAAUUUUCAAAUGCAGCACCUAAUUCCCCGUGGAUUAUCAUCUGCUGCCCCAAAAACAACAAAUAACCCUGCGUGCACCAUACCAGGUAUAGCAGGUUUGAGAAAUCAGACUGAUGCUUUGUCAAACACCUACAAAGAAGUUACAUUCCCCAUGACAUAUGGAAAUGUGGCAGCUAAAGUCUGGGGUCCUUCAAGUGGAAUACCAGUAUUUGCCUUACAUGGGUGGUUGGAUAAUGCUGGCACAUUUGACACCUUGAUUCCAAUGCUUCCUCAUAACUUAAGAAUAGUUGCAGUUGAUAUUCCAGGUCAUGGGAUGUCUGAUCAUUUUCCAAGAGACAUUAUGUAUCACUUCUUGGACUGUCUUUUAGCUGUAGAGAGAAUAUCACAACAAUUGAAGUGGGAAAAAUUUUCAUUUAUUGGCCAUAGCUUGGGUGGGUGUAUUGCCAUGCUAUAUGCAGGUGUGUUUCCAGAAAAGGUAGAUAAACUUGUAAAUAUUGAUAUUGUUAGAGUAACCACAACAAGGGCUGAAACUAUGCAUUUGAGAUUAAGAAAAACUGUUGGUAAGCUUUUGAAAUACGAACUAGCAAUAAGCAAUGGCCCAGAAAAGCCUAUUAGCUAUGAUACAGCGGUAGAAAAAAGCAUAAAUGGUUCAUUUGGAUCUCUAGACAGAAAAGCUUGCGAAAUUAUGUUAAAGCGUGGUUUGAAAAAAGUAAACGGGGGCUAUGUAUUUAGCAGAGAUAGGCGAUUGCACGCGGCUCCCUUGUCGUUCUGUCCAAAACAAGAUCAGGUAGUUCUGGCAGCAAAAGUCACUGCCGACGUAUUAAUUAUUAAAUUUACCGAAGGACCUUAUUUUGAGAGUGUUGAAGAUCAGGUAGAGCAUAUAGAAGCACUUAGGAAAAGCUCAAAAAAUGUUCGUUAUGUCGAAAUAGAGGGAAAGCAUCACACCCAUCUUACGCAUCCUGAACGUAUUGCAAAUAUUAUUUCCGAUUUUUUAAUCUCUAAUUAAAGCUUCAGUGUGUACCGUUAUAUUUGUCGUGUACCAGUGACCAUCCAUUGAACCAAGAAAUGUAAGCAUAUUUGGAUGGAAGAGUAUAAUACAUAGACGCUUAAUCUUA